GCUGUGCUUUUCCCGGCAUGAGCGGCUCCUUCCUUCCAGCUGAUUGUGCAGCUCAUCAGACCCGGCUGACAGCUCCUUCAGGAUGGCAUCAAAGACAGUGCUGAUCGUUUACGCCCAUCAGAGCUUGAGCUCAUUCAACGCUGCAGCCAAAGACGCAGCGGUGGAGGUUCUGACGGCUCAGGGCUGCAUGGUGGCGGUAUCUGACCUGUAUGCCAUGAAGUUCCAGGCUGCCGCCACCGCUGAAGACCUCAUCGGAGGAAUACAGCAUCCUGAGCACUUCUGCUAUGCGGAGGAGGCCAAACUGGCAUGGGAAGAGGGCAACCUGUCUAUAGACAUCGCUGAGGAGCAGCGUAAACUCAAUGAGGCAGACCUGGUUAUCUUCCAGUUCCCCAUGUACUGGUUCAGUGUCCCUGCCAUCAUGAAGGGCUGGAUUGACCGGGUUCUCACUCUGGGUUUCGCUUUCACACAAGAGAAGCGCUACAGCGAGGGACUCUUCAAGGACAAGAAGGCCAUGCUCUCCUUCACAACGGGGUCUCAGGAGUCCAUGUUUAGUGAAAAUGGCAUUAAUGGAGACAUGAAUGUCACCCUGUGGCCGCUGCAGAAUGGCAUCCUGCACUACUGCGGCUUCCAGGUUCUCGCCCCUCAGAUCUUCUGGGCGCCGUCCAGCGUUCCCCGUGACGAGUGCAGCGGCAUGUUGGAGAGGUGGCGCUACAGACUGUGGGGUCUCCUGGGGGAGGAGCCGCUCUCCUUCACUCCUCUCGAAUGCUUCGAGAAGGAGGGUUUCCAGCUGAAGCCCGAAGUCCAGGAGCAGCAUGCCGGCCAGGAGUUCGGCCUGACCGUGGGGAUCCACCUGGGCAAGCGUCUGCCGCCCAACAGCCAGAUGAAGAGCAUCAAAGCUGGAGUCUGA